CCCCACUAGAAAAGCACCGCGGUUCAACGCUGCCCGGCAGUUCCGCUCUUCCUCUUCUAUCGCCAUGGCUGCCGCUACAGCUGGCCCAGCUCCGGAGCCGCUGCGUCAGGGCCCGUUUUGCGGUCAGCCUCCCUCCGAGCCGUCCCCGGAGCCCCCGCUGCCUCCUCGCUCCCCGUGGUGCCCGCCGUCCCCGGAGCUGGGCCGCCUCCUGCGCUCCCUCAGCGCUCCGAGCGGCCGCUCCGUGCCCCCCCCUCCCGGUUUCUCUCCUCGGCUCCGCGGGGCUCCUCCCGGCCUGACCCGCCCGCAGCCCUCCGACACCGCAUUGUUGGCUUUGGCGGCGCUGACUUUGGGCACGGAUCCGCCCGGGACCGUCCCGGUGCCGUUCCCGUCUCGCAGAUCGGCUCAGCUCUCCUCUCUCGGCCUGGCGCUUCUGUCUCCGACGUCGAACGAAUCGUCCCAGCUGUCACCGUCGCUUUCCCCUCCUCAAUCUCCGUUCGGCUUCUCCUUGUCACCGCCCUCCUCGCCGCCGUCCCCGCUCUACAAGACCGAACUGUGCCGCCCUUUUACCGCUACCGGCCGUUGCCGCUAUGGUGCCCGCUGUCAGUUUGCCCACGGCCCCGAGGAGCUGCGGGGGCUCCGCCGCCACCCCAAGUACCGCACGCAGCCGUGCAGCACCUUCCAGCGCUGCGGGACGUGCCCGUAUGGCUCCCGCUGCCACUUCCUGCAUGGCCCCGCACCGGCGGAGGGUAACACGGGCAGCCCGGGCAGCCCCCACCGCCUCCCAGUGUUUGACCGUAUCUCAGUGUCGGAAUGAGGGGUGUGGUGAUGGUCCCUCCCCAGAGAAAGGGAACCCUCCUUCCUUCCUCCCCCCUCCGCCAGGAACUUUGGGCUGAAGGAGGCGGAGUUGUCAGAUGUAGCAUCCCUGGGGCGGGG